AUAUAUGCAUCAGGUUUCAAUCGCCAUCACAUCCUCUUUUAUCCUUUACAUGCAAUAACCUCCCAUCUCCACCGCUUCAUUUCUUCAAUCUAGUGUACUUUUCUAUCCAUGGCUAGCUUAAGCUUCAUCAUUGGCAUUAUUGGCAAUAUAAUUUCAAUACUGGUUUUUACUUCUCCCAUAAAGACAUUUUGGCAGGUGGUGAAGAAAAAAUCAACUGAGAAUUACAAAAGCACUCCAUAUAUAACUACUUUGCUGAGCACAAGUUUAUGGACCUUUUAUGGACUUCUUAAUCCCGAUGGUUUACUUGUAACCACGGUUAAUGGAGCUGGUACCGUCCUUCAAAUCAUAUAUGUCACUCUCUUUCUCAUCUAUGCUCCCCAGGAUAAAAAGGUCAAGACGGCAAAGUUGUUUGCCUUAUUGAAUGUGGGAUUUCUUGGGUUAGUAAUUGCAGUAACUUUUCUAGCAGCUCCGGGACGUGUCCGACUUACCGUUGUUGGAAUUUUAUGUGCUGGAUUAACCAUAGGCAUGUACGCAUCACCUCUAUCAGUAAUGAGAAUAGUGAUAAAGACCAAGAGCGUGGAGUACAUGCCCUUUUUCCUCUCAUUUUUUCUAUUCCUUAACGGUGGUAUUUGGUCUGUUUAUGCGGUGCUUGUCAAAGACUUCUAUAUUGGAGUACCAAAUGCUGUUGGCUUUGUGUUGGGGUCAAUUCAGCUAAUCAUAUAUGCAAUCUACAACAAGAAGUCAAUUUCAAAAAAAUCAUUGGAGAUGGUGGAAGAAGAGGGCUCUGCCCAUCUUGUCAAAGAAAAUGAGAUGGGAGCAUUUGAGGACUAUGAAGAGGCCAAUGUAAAAAUUCGAAACCUCCACAAAGGAAGCAGCCUCCCAAAACCAUCUGUAAAUCGACAAUAUAGCUUCCAAAGGAUCUUGAAGACACUUUCUUUGAGUCCAUAUGAAAGACACCCUAGUUGGCCCUAUGAAGAAGAUGUUGGAAAGGGAGAAAAGAAUCACAGUUGAUUAUGAGGUUUUUGUUUGGUGGAAAACUUAGAAAUUAUGUGUUGACCCUGUGAAGUAGAUGUUAGAAAGGGGGAAAAGAAUGACAAUUAAUUACGAGGGUUUUGUUUGGUGGAAAACUUAAAAAUCAUGUGUUGCUUAGCCUCGUAGUUAAUGAUUUUAACAUUGAAAAAGAAGAGGGAAAAAAAAAAAAAAAAAAAAAAAAAA